AUGUCUAAAAUACCAAGCCAGCAGGUGGUCAUUGUCGGAAUCGACGCAAAUGCGAAGAUGGGACUCGAACAGCAAUCCGAUGUGCUAGGAAAAUGGUACUAUCCAGCGGAGCGCACGUCGGACAACGGUGACCGUCUGGUCGACUUGUGCGUACAGACGGGCCUCAUCAUCGCUUCCACGUUUAAAAGGAAUCAUCGACGCCAUCAGCUCACGUGGCAGAGGUUAACCCUUUUAACGCCUGAAGAGCAGCGCAAGCGAAAGAUGAGGACUCUUAAACUUCAGCUCGACUACGUUCUGGCGAGGAACAUUCCUCAGUCAGAUAUCCGGAAAUCUAGAGCUGUUUGGGACGUCGCGUUCGACUCUGACCACCGUCCAGUUCUUCUCAGCUUCAAGAUACGGUUCCACAAGAGAAACCGAGGAGUUCCUCUUCAACCGAAAAUCGACAUGGCAGGUCUGAAAGACGAUGAAUGCAGAAGAAAAUUCCGUCUACGUGUGUCUAUUCAUGUUGGAGUACGGACCAGGAAGAAGCUUAGCGAUGCGGAUUCCUUCACAAAGUGCAUCCAGGACGCUACAAGGGAAACGCUCCCGGUUCUAUUGCCGCGGAAGAAGUUCGCCUUUGCAUCUGCGGAAACAAAAUCCACAUACAAUUCUGUAUGUGUCGCGCGCAGCGCUGGUGACUUCAACCAGAAAAAGCGUCUUAGAAGGAAGCUGCGUCGUGAACUGCAACAAGACCGCGAUAACGAGUGGACGUCAAGAGCGAUGGAGUUUGAGAAGGCGUGGGAGGACAGGAACCCGCGAAAAGCCUAUGAUCUACUAAAACAGUAUAGCGGCAAAAUGAAAAGAUGUUCCACUUUCCUCAACACUGCCAAUGGGGUAGCUGUUGGUAAAACAACCCUUCCAAUUUGGAAGGAACACUUCAAGACCUUGCUGAACCGGCUAGCACCGUCAGCUCCUGAACUCGAACACGUUCAUAAACCGACAUAUGCGGUUAACGAGGAGCCAGGGACCGAGUCGCAGGUCCUUGUCUGUAUUCAAAAAAUGAAGAAUGGAAAAUCUGGUGGAGACGACGGGAUUAGCGCAGAAAUGCUAAAAUAUCUUCCUCCGUCUGGGAUUCGUGAGAUGACAAAGAUCAUCCGCUCAAUAUGGAUAGACGAAAGGAUACCCGAUUCGUGGAGAUACGCUAUCAUAAUUCCCCUCCACAAGAAGUUAUCCGUCACGGACCCCAGGAAUUAUCGAGGAAUCUCUUUGCUGCGUGUUAUGUACAAGGUAUUGGAGCGCAUUAUCCUGGACCGACUCAUUAAACGUCGCGAAGAAACAACGCGCGACGAGCAAGCUGGCUUUCGUCCUGGCCGAUCUACGAUUGACCAGGUGUUCAUCGUCAGGAGAGUGAUCGAAAUCUGGCAGCGGUAUUCGAAGCCAAUGCAACUGGCGUUUCUGAACUUUGAAGCCGCGUUCGACUCCCCUCACCGAGGCCGUCUUCUCAACGCGCUCCGCGCCAAUGGAGUACCAGGAAAGUUCCUUCGCUUGCUUGAUGACAUGAAUCAACGAACAACAACUGCUGCAGUUCGAACACCAGCCGGAUGUACAACACCGUUUGAAGUGGUAACUGAAGUAAUUUCGCAAUCGACGAUAUUAUGCGAAGAACAGUCGACCAGUGUCCUGCCGAGAUUGUCUUAG